AAUGCGAUGCGGUCAACUUCCUCCUGGAGCCAAAGAAGGCGGAGUAUCGCUGGAAACAUUUGGACAAAAUCCCCCAGGGAUUGAUACAGAAUUAGGCUUUUUGUUUGGAAAGAGCUACUAUUUAGAAGGGUGUGGGCUGCCAAGGACAGAGUCGAGGGAAAACUCAGAGGAAGAAGGGGCUGAUGGGAAUGUUUCACCUGACACUACUCCUACUGUGGCCAUGGAGAUGACCCCAGACAAAGAGGAAUGUGGAUGAACUGUGCGCCAAGGUCCAACAUUUAGCCUGCAUAUCUUUUCACUGAGCCCAAAGAGCUUUGGUAAACAAAGAUACUCUGUACCCGUCCUCCAGCUAGAUUCUGCCAUACUAAUGUCCAGUCUGGUCUGGGUGUUCCUGGCCCUGAUUGGGCCAGGCUCUUCAGAUGCCCACAGUCUAUUCACCUGUGAACCAAUCAAAGUGCACCGAUGCCCGGGGAUGCCCUACAAUAUGACCUUCUUUCCCAACAUGAUGGAACACUAUGACCAGGACACAGCCGCCAGGAAAAUGGAGCCCUUCAUGCCCCUGGUCAACCUGAAAUGCUCUCCAGAUGUGCAUCACUUCCUGUGCCAGGCCUUCAUUCCGGCGUGCACUGAGGAGACCAAGGUCAUCCGACCCUGCCGCGACCUCUGUGAGACAGUCCGCCACGACUGCAGGAAGGACAUCGCCACCUUUGGUGUCAGCUGGCCCCCAGAGCUGCAGUGUGACAGGCUGGAGCCGUGCAGCUCAGAUGGCUCCCCCCUGCCCCAGACCACACCCCAGAGCUCCACUUCAGCCAAGAGGGACCUGGGCUUCUGGUGCCCCCUCCAGCUAAAGACCCGUUCCGGCCAGGGCUCGUCCUUCCUGGGCGCCCCGGACUGCGCCCCGCCCUGCUCCAACAUGUUCUUCAAACCCCACGAGAUCCAAUUCGCCAAGACCUUCAUCGGCGUGUGCUCCAUCGUGUGCCUGGGCGCCACGCUCUUCACCUUCCUCACCUUCCUCAUCGACGUCAAGCGCUUCCGCUACCCGGAGAGACCCAUCAUCUUCUACGCCGUGUGCUACAGCGUGGUGUCCCUCAUCUACUUCCUGGGCUUCCUGCUGGGCAACAACGCUUCCUGCAACGCGGCCGACGCCACCGUAGUGCUGGGCUCCCAGAGCAAAGGCUGCACCCUCCUCUUCAUGAUGCUCUACUUCUUCUCCACGGCCGGCACCGUGUGGUGGGUCAUCCUCACCAUCACCUGGUUCCUGGCCGCCGGGCCCAAGUGGAGCUGCGAGGCCAUCGAGAAGAAGGCGGUGUGGUUCCACACGGUCGCCUGGGGGGUCCCGGGGGCGCUGACCAUCCUGCUGCUGGCGCUCAACAAGGUGGAGGGCGACAACAUCAGCGGCGUGUGCUUCGUCGGGCUGUACGACCUGACGGCGCUGCGCUACUUUGUGCUGGCGCCGCUGUGCCUGGGCGUGGUGGUGGGCCUGUCCCUCCUCCUGGCCGGCAUCGUGUCGCUCAACCACGUGCGCCAGGUGAUCCAGCACGACGAGCGCAACCAGGAGAAGCUGAAGAAGUUCAUGAUCCGCAUCGGCGUGUUCAGCGGCCUGUACCUGCUGCCCCUGGUCGCCCUGCUGGCGUGCUACGCCUACGAGCAGAGUCAGCGGAGCGCCUGGGAGAGCAGCUGGGUGAACGAGCACUGCCAGGAGUACAGCAUCCCCUGCUCGCACAAGCCCACGGAGGCCAACCGUCCGGACCUGUCCCUGUUCCUGGUCAAGUACCUGAUGACGCUGGUGGUGGGGAUCUCUGCCGUGUUCUGGGUCAGCAGCAAGAAGACCUGCUCCGAGUGGGCCUUCUUCUUCAACAGGACACGCAAGAAGGACCCUAUCACGGAGAGCCGCAGGGUCCUCCAGGAGUCCUGCGAGUUCUUCCUCAAACACAACAACCGUGUGCAGCACAAGAAGAAGCACUACAAGCCCAGCUCCCACAAGCUCAAGGUCAUCUCCAAGUCCAUGGGCACCAGCACGGGGGCCGGAGCCACCCCCGUCACCCCGACCGCCAAACCCAACCACGGCACAUCCGCCCUGGGCAACCACGAGCCCCGUCUCCAGGCCUCGCAGUCGGAGGCCCGGGCAUCUUCAGAGGCCUCGGGAAGGGAGCCUCUGGAGAGGCUGGGGUCUAGUCGCGCGUCCCGGAGGGGGGAGAGGGAGAGGGAGGCGGGCGCUCCCAGGGAGGGGGGAGAGAGGCGCAGUAAGACGGGCAGCUCCAGCAAGGUCAGCAGCCGAGCGGAGAGCUUCCAGCGGGUGACCGAGGGAAGAAUGACGCCCAAGAGUGACCUGUCCGAUGUGAGGCAGCUGCCCAUCGGACAGCAGCACGCAGCUUUGAACCAAUCACACAGCAGCAGCAUGAAGGGCUCCGCCCCUCACCUAAGGCAGGUUGUGGAGGGGAGCAAGGACAAGGACAGCAGCUGCUGAGCCCGACGCACAUCCCUUAAGUCAUCCAUUGGUCGAUCCUCCCCCCAGUCAUUCAUCCAGUUACCCAUCGCCACAGUCAUCCCUCUCUCUGCGGAGUAUCUCUGUAUCAUCCCAUCCAGCCACCAGAGGAAACGUAACAGCUCAUGAGCCCAGCGGACAACCACUCAUUUCUACAUCCAUCUAUCCAUCCGCCAGACUUUCAUACUACAGAUAAACCACUUCAUGUUCCAGACAUGCAUGCUCACUAUGUCCAUCUGACCCUCUGACUCAGCUUCUGUACUUUAACAGAGGUCAAAGGGCAGCACAGCCUGUCAGAACCAUAGUUACACUUCCUGUUGACCCUGAGGUGUAUGUCAGUAGAUCCACAUGGGAAGAUACAGUGGGCCAUUAGGGAGGGAGUAAUCUUUGUUACGGUAGCAUGGCUGUAUUGGAAGGCUGAUCCGGUUAGCGAAUAGAUCAUACACUGGGGAAUUUCAAUAUGUAAACUUUCUUUUAGGGUCAGUAUAGCAACAAUCUUUCACUGGACUACUAGUCUAUACACUGUGUAAACAUGCUUUGAUGGGGUAUGUAACCAUUUGAUGUGAAAAAGUUUUUGCCAAACAAUCACAAGCUAAAGAAAGUCUAACUGUGGUCAAGAGUUUUUUAUUUUAUUCCAGUCAUGUACUGUAAGGACACUACUGUAUGUUGUGAAUCAGUGAGAAUGUUUUUGUAAGUCUGAGCAAAACCCUGUUCAUCUGUAUGUUCAUUUAAACAUAAAUGACCAUUCACCCAAUGACAUCCCAAUGAAAUUCCUCUCACUUUGACAAUAUAUACUGUGUUUUAUAUCACAUUUGAUUUCCAAUACCAUGUUAUUGCAGAAAUAACAUUUUUUUACCAUAUGUAAAAAGUUUAUUACACCGAAUUUCAACCUAUUCCUAUUUAACCGUCUUAAAUUUCACGUCUUCCAUAUAUUGUCCAAAUGGUAUACAAUCUCUAAAGAGUACAAGCUUUAUCCAAUCUCUAGAGAAUGUGCCUUGAAUAACUCAAUCAUGUCCAGCUCUUCAAAGAGCAUGCAAGUGCAGUGAAUGUGUGACACAAUGGCUACAUGUGUGUGUUAAGCGAUCACAGGUGUU